AUGGAGAAACACUACACGAACUCACAGGUGAAAGGAGUCAGCACAGGGGUGAGUAAAUCUGGACCUAUUCUUGUAUAUUUGUCCACCAAGGCAACAUUAAAGGUUUUAGUUAUCUUCUUCACGGAGGAGCAGGUGAUGCUUUACCUGAGUCGUAAUGUAACACAAAAGUGAACUGACAUCGACCGGACACCUCGCGUUUUUACUGACGCUGAAUUAGUUGCUUGUUGAUAUAUUUUUACAGACAGAACGACGCACUUUACUUUGGUUUCCGGAUAAUUUCCCUCUUAAAGAUCCAAACUUCGAACUCCAAAUCCCAGAGUUCAUUGCCAGUUUUAGUCAGCAUACGUAAGCACGCUGCUACGUGAAGGAAGCACGUUUUUUAGUGUUACCUUUUGACAGUCUGGCUAGGGUUCUGUUAUAUGUGGUGAUUAACCUAAAUUAGCUGCUUUUAAAAUGUUUGAUGAACACCUCACUCUCUCUCCGCAGACCACCAUCCUGGCUGCCACUUUCGAUGGAGGGGUCGUGAUUGGAUCAGACUCGAGAGCUUCUAUUGGAGGGUGAGGAUGAGAAAGUUGUGACAACUCACUGAAGCUGCCAGAUGCUAAACAGAGUCUAUAAGUUUUAAAAAAAUUCGAGAUCAUAAGCUAAAACUAAAUUCAAGACACAGGGGAGAAGUAAAGGAUGUCAACAGAGAGGUCGUAGUGAGGAGUGUGCAUGGUCCUUUCUCAUUACAUCUUCCAGAACUGAACUUACAGUUUUACAAACUGCAAAAUCAUUUGAUUGUAUUUGAUCAUGUAAUUUCUAAUGAUGGUGCAAUAUUGCAAAAAAAAGUACCCCGUGGUUGUACUAUUUCAUUCAUGUGUUAAAGGGAUGUUCCUGCAUAAAAUUAAUUUAGGGUCAAACACACUGGAACACCAAGUUAGACACCCCCCUGAGGGGUGAAUGUUGCAGAUCGCUUGCUUCUCUAGUUAUACCGACUUUAAAAAUCUUAACAAACAAACUAACCUAAUGUGACGUGGAACUGAAACAACCGCAGGAUAGCAAAACACAGCGGUCUGAGGAGCCAUAAACAAACCUCAACCAAAACGCCACUCUAUAGCCACAAAUAAUGCUCAGAACAGCACCUAACUUCAUCAACAGGACAUAUAGGGUCACAGCCAUAGUACUAGACACCAAACAUCAUUUUAGCUUUGCCUAAUUUCUUUAGCAAAGAGACUAAACACAUCUCACCUACUCUCUUCCAGCAGCCGCUUGUUUGUAGGGAGACCUCGGACGAGUCCAUCACCGACUGCAGCAGAGUUUUGCUGCUCAAGGAAGAACAUUUAUAAACAUUUCUUUAUGGAAAUGCGAUCAGACCAAGACGCUAAGACAGAAGAACUGUUCUUCCUUGAGCUGCGUCACCUCGCAGCUGUCUGUAAUGGACUCGUCCAAGGUCUCUGUACAAACAAGCAGCUGCUGAAAGAGAGUUGGUGAGUUGUGUUUAGUCUCUUUGCUAAAGAAAUUAGGCAAAGCUAAUAAGAUGUUUGGUGUCUAGUACUAAGGCUGGGACCCUAUAUUAAAUUAAGUGCUGUUCUGAGCAUUAUUUGUGGCUAUAGAGUGGUGUUUUGGUUGAGAGCAUGGCUCUCUGUAUUGCUAUCUGCGGUGGUUACUAAAGUUGGUAUACCUAGAGACGCAAGCGGUCAGCAACAUUCAUCUCUGGAGGGGGUGUCUAACUCGGUGUUACGGUGUGUUUGACCCUAAAUUUAUUUUACAUCAUAUAUAAAAGUAACUUUGGCUAUUGGAAUCCAGGAAAUUCAAACUUGGACAUCCAUAUUUUAACCUUUGUGUGAGGGUUGAGUCUAUCAUUUUUCUUCCUUAUUCAUCCUCUGUGUGUCUCUUUCUUUAGGGAAUAUGUUUCAUCAAAGACCAUCAACAAAGUGAUCCAGGUCCAUGACCGCAUCUUCUGCUGCAUCGCCGGCUCACUCGCAGAUGCUCAGGCUGUGACCAAGGCAGCAAAGUUUCAUUUGGCCUUCCACAGGUGACACACAUGAAAACAGUUUUACACAGAGAAAAUGAGUUUGCAUCAUAUUUUAAGCAAUUAUUGUUUAUUGUACCCAGUUUGAGUUAUUAUAUAGUCAUGUUUCAGUCAAGCUUAAUGAGUAGGAGUUAAUAAACACAUAUGUUACUAAGAAUUCUGCAUACUAAAGUCAAUGUUUCUUAUACUUCUGAAAGCACAGUUUUGAAAAUGUGACUCUGGAUUGCUCCCUGAUUUAUAGCGUGCAGAUGGAGACCCCUCCUCUGGUGAUAUCAGCUGCAUCAGUGUUAAAAGAACUUUGUUACAAAAACAAAGAUGAGCUACAGGCCGGUUUCAUCACGGCAGGCUGGGACAGGAAGAAAGGUGCACAGGUAGGUAGAGGUGGUCAAGACAGGGAUUAUGACUGUGUGUGUUUUUUCCACUUUCCUGCCUUAAGUAGUGUUACUGAUAUUCAUCUUUCUCUAGGUGUAUGUCGUGUCUCUUGGCGGGAUGUUGGUCAGGCAGCCAAUCACAAUUGGUGGCUCCGGCAGCACGUACAUCUAUGGAUACGUCGAUGCCAAAUACAAACCAGACAUGAGCAGAGACGAAUGUCUACAGUUUGCCCUUAAUGGUAAUUUUGAAAAACUUGACUUCUGUGUCAAAAUAACAGAAUUUUCACCUGAUUUGGAAAAUGUGUUUCUUGGAAAUUGACGUAUAUCAAAGUAUUAACCAGCCUCUAAUGGCCAAUACCAAUGAGAAAACUGAUCAUUUUGUAGUUCAUAAUACUCAUAAAUUGAGGUUCAUUCACACCUGUGGGGAAAAAAAACAGCAAAAAAUUAUCUGUUUAAAUGUUAUCUUUCGUCCCUUACUGCUGGUUGAAUCCGACCUACAUUCCCUCUGCCUUUUGUUCCUGCUGGUUUUUUCUCUUCUCACCGCCCUCUUCCUCUUCUCUCCCUCCUUGUGCCAACAGCUCUUUCCCUGGCCAUGGGCAGAGACAACGUCAGUGGGGGCGUGGCUAACCUGGCAGUGAUCACAGAGGAGGGGGUGGAGCAUGUGGUGGUACCUGGUGACAAGCUGCCCAGGUUCCAUGAUGAAUAA